AUGAAUGCCAGCGUCCAACCCCCACCCAGCCCGUCCCUCGCUGGCCCCCGUCCGCUCCAGCUCGUCGAUGGCAACGUGCUCUCCAUUCUCUCAGCCCCUUCGUCCCCGUCCCCCCUCAGCCCAGGACUCUCCACGCCCCCGCCCAGCGCCCGCAAGUUCCACCCUUCCCGCAGGCAGUCGUCCAUCUCCUACUUCCCCAGCGACCACACUCCAAGCUGGGAUCUACGCUCCCCCACCAGUGCCACCUCCCGUCCGUCAUCACUCAAGCGGAGCACGUCCUUAAACCACAAGCUCCCAGGUCCGCUGGAUUUGCAGGGAAACAAGCGGAGUAGCCUGCCCCUCACAGACCCUCUGGGCAGCCCACAAGUCGAGCAGCGACCACCGCUCACGCUAACCGAGAAGCACGCCGACCUCCUCCGCUUCAUCGCCCAGAAAGAGUCGAAAUGCCUCGAGCUCCGCUCGCAGCUCGCCGCGCACGAAGCCGAGCUCGCGCAGCUCAAGCGCAAGUGGGAGCGCAUCGUCUCCCGCGGCAUGGACCGCGCCUACUCGCAACAACCCGCCUCCGCCGCCGCCUCGUCCAACUCGCUCCUCACCGGGGCCGUCAAGGACGUCAGCCGGCUCCUCGCCGCCGGCCUCUCCGACCUCGCCGCCUCCCCCAGCGGCAGCCCGAACCCGGCCAGCACCUCCUUCCCCGCGCACUCCGCCCCGCCGUCCGCGUUCGCGAAGCACGGCCCGCCCGUGCUCGCGCUCGAGACCGGCGGCCGCGCGCUCGGACACGCCAACUCCUGCAGCACCAGCACCAGCACCAGCACCAGCGCGUCUUCGUCCGGCACCGGCACCGCAUCCUCGAGCGUGCGCCUCUCGCAGUCGUCCGCGUCGUCGCUCGCCUUCGACGAGCCCCUCGCGGAGCAGGACGAGGGCGCGGAGGCGGAGGACCACGCCGCGCGCGCGAUCCGCGUCGACGGCGGCACGGGCAUCGAGAGCCCCGUGCAGAUCUCGCCCGCGAGCGCGAUCAAGGCCGCGAAGCUGCACCGGCGCAAGAGCCGCGAGGUCCCCGCCCCCGCGCUCGCGCCCACGUCGUCGUCCCCGGGGACGUCGAGGGCGACCGUGGCGGCGGAGGAGCGCAAGGCGAAGCGGGCGAGCAUGCACGGCGGGGUGCCGCCCGCGGCGUCGAUCCCCGGCCUAAGCCCGCUCGCGAGCGGGUGGAUGGAGAGCGUGGGGAGCACCGUGGGCAAGAGGUGGGGGGAGAUACAGAAGGGCGAGACGUUCACCAAGAGCCAGAAGCGCGCGUCGCUCCUCCUCUCCGACGCCGCCUCCUCCUUCUUCGCCGCGCUCGCGCCCACGACCCCGACCGGGGGCGCACACACGCCCGUCUCCGUCUCCUCGAACCCGUUCGGCGCCGCGCUCUCCCCCCUCGGCGCGUCCCCGACCGCGGCCUCCGCCGCGACCUCGCUCCUCGAGCUCGACGACGAGGGCGCGGGCGCGCUCGGCAGCGUGCUGGUGCCCGACCGGCCGGCGCUCGCGCCGUCGCGACCCGCGCCCGCGGCGCAGAGCAAAAGCUUGCUCGAUGACGACGACGACGAGUGGAAUUGGUAG